ACCAAACCAACAUACGAACCAGUAGUUUUAGGUCGUCUUCCCUUCCUCUAUCCUUUCAAAACAAAGAAAAAGAGAGAGAAAAAAAAUCUGGUUUACACUGACCGUGUAUAUGUAAAACCUAACUUCCUAUAAACCUCUCUCCCGUGCAUUGUUGAUAACAAUGGAUGGAAACGAACAAGAUUUUACGUCACAGGUUGUUGAAGAAGAGGGUAUCAAUUCUUGUACAAAAGAUGGGUCGGUUGAUUUUUAUGGAAAACCAGCUUUGAAAAAUAGUUCAGGUAGAUGGAGAAGUGCAACAUUGUUGUUAGUGAACCAAGGACUGGUUGCAGUGGCUUUCGCAGGAGUGGAGGCAAAUUUGGUUAUUUUCUGCAAGUUAGUAUUGAAACAGACUAAUGUUGAGGCAGCAAACACUUUUAGCAUAUGGAUGGGAACUACCUAUUUCUUCUCUUUAAUUGGAGCUUUUCUCAGUGACUCAUAUCUAGGAAGAUACCUCACUUGCAUUAUAUUCCAACUUGUGUUCAUCAUAGGGUUGGUGGCAUUAUCUUUGUCAACUCACUUGUUUUUACUCAAACCACAUCGUUGUGAACAAAUAGGAGAGUUAUGUGAAUCAGAUACACAAAAUCAGUUUCCACUUUUUUACCUAUCAAUAUAUCUAAUAGCUCUAGGAAGUGGAGUUUCUGACCCUGCAUUACCAACACUUGGUGCUGAUCAAUUUGAUGAGGAAGAACCUAAAGAACAAAGAUCCAAGGCCUCAAUUUAUGGCUACUUUUAUGUGGCAUUGAACUUGGGAUCAUUGGUUGCUGAGACUAUAUUGGCUUACAUAGAGACUACAGGACAUUGGGUGCUUGGAUUCUGGAUAUGUACAUGUUGUGCAGGUGUUUCAUUUCUUGUUUUGUUGAGUGGAACUCUUAGAUACAGACACUAUAAGACUUUUGGAAACCCUUUCUCUAAGUUUUCACAACUGAUUGUACCCUUUUUGAAGAAAAUGAAAUUUCAAAUACAAUCAAUUGGGGAAGAUCUCUACCACGAUGGUAUUCAAGGGGAUGAUACUCGUGUUAGACGAAUACACCACGCAAAUGGCCUCAGGUUUUUUGAUAGAGCUGGUAUUGUUUCUGAUGAGGCAACUGAGAUGUUACUUGGUAAAGGCCAAAAAUCAUACAAAUGGAAUUUUAACAGUCUAACACAAAGCGAAGCGGUGACAUAUAUUUUGAGAGUGUUACCAAUAUGGAUUUGCACAAUCUUCUCCUCUAGUGUUUUCAUACAAUUGCUUUCUCUAUUUGUUGAGCAAGGUUCUACAAUGGACAGAACAUUUUUCAAGUUUCAGAUCCCUCCUUCAAGCAUGACAGCAUUUGAUAUCAUAAGCACAUCAACAUUUAUCAUAUUACUCGACGUUCUUAUUAUUCCAUUAUACAUUAAAGUGAUGAAAAGACCUCCAAAACUUCCAAGUGAGCUACAAAGUAUUGGCAUCGGACUCUGCAUUACAAUAAUAACAUUGAUUGUUGCUGGUUUUGUAGAGCAGAGAAGAUUAAGUUUUGCCAGCAAUGAUGGUAAAGAGAUGAGUUCUUUGAGUAUUUUUUGGUUGAUACCACAAUAUAUGCUUUUAGGAAUAGCAGAAGCUUUUGUGUAUGUAGCACAGAUGAACUUUUUCACGUCACAAACACCGGAUGGCUUGGAAAGCUUGGGAAUGGGGUUGUCUAUGUUUUCAUCUGCACUUGGUUGUUAUGUUGGUAACUUUUUCUUGACUGUGGUAAAUAAAAUUACAUCAAGUGGUCAAGGACAACAUGGUUGGGUUUCACCUAAUCUAAAUGAUGGUCAUUUAGACAGGUUUUUCUUCUUGACAGCAUUUCUAAUUGCUAUUGACUUGAUUGUGUAUAUUGUAUGUGCCAAAAGAUACAAGGGCAUAUAAUUGGAGAAAAGAGAAGAAGCAAACAACUAGGAAGUUGUAGUUUGGUUUGAUAGAAUGACAAGUGGAGUUAGAUGUGUUUUACUCUUACAUGGAAACAAAUUCUUACAUAGCAUCAAGAAGGAUUGUCUCUUAGUUUGGUGCCUUAGUUUCUGAUUUUAGACAUUUCUUCUCUUCAUGUUUUAACAACUCUAGUGUCAAAUUUAUAACAAAACAUGUCAAUGGGUAGCUCAUCCCUUUCCAAGGGUGGCCACAUAUUUAACUAGUUUUCAGCUUUUUAUUGAUACUUCUUAUAUUGAUCAUAUUAACUGUUCCUGUUUCUCUCA